CAUCGUUUGUCUAGUCAAUCAUCUCCCCGCGAUGACUUCUUCGAAAAUACUUCUCGUCGAUGGAUAAUGAACGAGGAAGAGCGACUCAAGGAAAGAUACGUCAGAUUCGAUCCGAAUGAACUUCGGCGUGUCGCUGCUCAAGCAAUUGGAGAAGACCAUUGCCCUUCUAUGAUCAAGUUUGCAGAGGGGGGCUUUAAUAAAGUGUUCCUUUUGAGAGGAAAUUCUGGUAAAGAAGUAAUUGCGCGAAUUCCUACUCCCAUCGCCGGUCCCUCUCACUACACUACCGCCAGUGAGGUUGCUACCAUGGACUUUUUACGGGUUAUUCUCGGAAUACCUAUACCAAAGGUUCUAGCGUACUCAACGUCUUCGACCAAUCCAGUGGGCGCAGAAUACAUCAUAAUGGAACGGAUAGAGGGGGUCAGCCUAGCGUCAAGAUGGCUAUCUCUUACUACCGAAGAGGUGAAGAGUGUCAUGAAACAAAUAGUAGAGAUGGAACAGAGAGUCUUCGCCUACCCAUUACCGGGAUAUGGAAGUUUAUAUCGUCAAAAGGACAUUCAAGGUGAGAUGCAGAUUCCGAUACCAGUCGAAGACUUCUACAUUGGGCCUGUCGCGACAAGGCAGUUCUGGCAUGGUGAUCGAAACAAAACCAAAGUAGAUCGUGGGCCCUGGCUUUCCUCCAAAGAUUGCUUUACCUCUGCAGCUCGUCGAGAGACGGCUUGUACCCUGCAUCAUGCAAAAUCCCAGCCUCGCAAAACAUUUCUUCUUCCAACACUACAUAAUAUUAACCCCUCUGAACAUGUCUCACUUCUUUCGAAGUUCCAGGAAAUCGCCUCUUACUUGAUACCAACAGAGUCACAUCAUAAUUCUCCCACCCUCCGACAUCCAGAUCUGAGCCUGGCCAAUAUCCUAUUGGAGCCCGGCUCCACGAAAAUUACCAGUAUCCUAGACUGGCAGGAUGCGGUCGUCUUUCCGCUUUCCCUGCAAGCAGGAUAUCCCGCCUUUUGUGAACACGAUGUAUCGCAGACUCAAAGCUUACAGCGUCCAUCGCUCCCCGACAAUUUCAACCAUCUAAGCAUUACAGAACAGACCCAGAUCAAGACCCAGUUUCGCUUAGAGGAAGCCAAUCUGUACUACACAGCAACCACGGGCAUAUACAAUGAUCUGCACAUGAGUGCCCUCCAAAUCCCUCACCUGGGGAUGCGACAGUACCUAUACCAACAAACCGGAUAUCCAUGGGAUGCCGAUCUCAUCAAUCUCCGGGCGGCUCUUAUCGGUAUCGCAACUCCACACAUUUGGAAUAGGAUAUCGUCUGUUCCUUGUCCAGUGACAUUUACAGAGCAAGAGCGACAAACCGCAAAAGAGGACUCCGAUGAAUGGAACGAGUCUGAAAAAAUGCUAUCUACCAUUAGAGAUCAUUUAGGUGUGGAUCUCGAAGGCGGCACCGCGCCAGAGAAUUUCGAGUGGGCGGCGCACCGGAACCGCGAGAUGAGAUUGGAAAUGACCCGCCAAGCGGACGAGCAUGAGCGGGAUUUGUGCUGGCGGAAUUGGCCUUUUAGGGAUGAUACGGAUGAUUCCGCUCCGCCGUCAUAGUACUUAUUAGUAGGUUUUGAGUGGC